AUGUUUGAUUGCGACUUCAACGAGAUCCCUGGUAGUGGUGAAGCGAUGUCCGUAGAAGACCGUAGAUUCCUUGCCAUAGUGAGUGAUGCGAUACGCCAACGUGAAGACGGACAUUUCGAGAUGCCACUGCCCUUUAGAGAAGAUGAGCUGAAACUUCCAAAAAACAGGAACCUUGCCCUGAAACGUCUCAACAGCCUCAAGUCAAAGAUGAACAAGAACGCCAAAUACAGCGAAGAUUACCGUGGGUUCAUGAAGAAACUCCUAGACAACGGCCAUGCUGAACGUGUUCCCAGUGAGGAACUCAACUUGGAGGAUGGCACAGUCUGUUACAUUCCGCACCAUGGGGUGUACCACCCGCGUAAACCUAAUAAAAUCCGUGUAGUGUUCGAUUGCGCGGCUGAGUAUGACGGAGAGGCACUGAACAAGCAUCUCCUCCGUGGCCCAGAUAUGAUUAAUAAUUUGACAGGGGCCCUGAUUCGCUUCCGCAAGAACCCCAUUGCAUUUACUUGCGAUAUUGACGGGAUGUUUUACCAGGUAGGCGUACAUCCCAAGCAUCGAAACUACCUACGAUUCUUCUGGUGGGAGAAUGGCGAUCUUGACAAACCGCUAGUUGAGUAUUGUAUGACUGUUCAUUUGUUUGGUGCUACCUCGUCACCUGGUUGCGCAAACUUUGCGCUAAAGGCCACUGCCGAGAAAUUCAAGGAUGAAUUCGAUCCCAAGACGGUAGAGUUCAUAAAACGGUCAUUCUAUGUCGACGAUGGACUCCAGUCUGAGCUAACUACUGGGGAAAUCAUCCUCCUGGUUGUCAGUGGUCAGAAGAUUUGUGCUCGAGGUGGAUUCAAUCUUCAUGACUAUGUGUGCAACCACAAGCAAUUUGUGGACCAGAUCCCGCUUGCCUCGAGAGCCAAAGAUUUCCAGUGCAUAGACCUGAAUAACGAUGACCUACCGACUGAGAGGACACUUGGAAUCGUAAGACGUGUCCAGUCAGACGCAUUCGAGUUCCAGAUUGAGAUGAGGGACAAGCCCCUUACCAGGAGAGGGUUGUUAUCGGUCAUAAGUUCUGUGUACGAUCCACUCGGGUUAGUUUCACCGUUCGUCCUCAAGGGCAAGAAAAUCCUCAAGAACCUUUGCGAAACCGGAGCGGGCUGGGAUGCUCCAACACCAGACGACAUCAGACGUGAAUGGGAACGCUGGAUAGCAGAUUUGAAAGAUUUGGCUGAUGUUAGUAUUCCCCGUUGCUACAAAGGUGAUGAGCUUGGCGAAUUGAAAUCUGCUGAUCUUCACCACUUUAGUGAUGCAAGCAUGGAAGGCUAUGGACAGUGUAGCUAUGUCAGAUUGACAGACGAGGAGGGAAGAUGUGACACAGCGCUGGUCAUGGCCAAGUCCAGGGUGACGCCAUCGAAGACGGUUACAAUUCCGAGGCUUGAAUUGACCACGGCCGUUACAUCAGCUAGGAUUGCCAAGUUUCUGGAUAAGGAGCUGGACUACAGCAACAUAGAGCACCACUUCUAUACAGAUAGCCAGGUGGUUUUAGGGUAUAUUGGGAAUGAAAGCAGGACAUUUCACAUUUUCGUAGCAAACCGUGUACAGGAAAUCCGUGAUUCCACCUCGCCCUCAAACUGGAGAUAUGUUGACACCGACCAGAACCCAGCAGACUAUGCUUCCAGAGGCAUGAGCGUGAGUGAGCUGAAGGAUUGCAGUGUAUGGUGGAAGGGGCCUCCGUUCUUGAAGACUGGUAUCCUGCCCACUCCUGAGGACCACCACCCGGUUUCUCCAGAAGAUCCAGAGCUCAAGAAGACCGUCCUUAGAACCAAGGUGGAUGUUGUGCAGUAUGGGGACAUGACAUAUAGGUUUGAUUACUACUCCUCAUGGUUCAGGCUGAAGAGAGCUGUUGCCAUCUGUAAGAAGUACAUGGAGAAGCUGAGGCUCAAGGACCGAGAGAAGUACACUCCAGUGACCACUGAAGACCUACAGCAGGCAGAAACGACGACUCUCAGGUUCGUUCAACAGCAGUCCUAUUCUUCUGAGAUCGAGACACUGAAGAAGCAAAGGGAUGAAAAUUGGAAGGGAACGGUCAAAGGCAGAAGCAAUCUCUACUCAUUGGAUCCUUUCUUAGAUGAUGAGAUGGUCUUAAGAAUGCGCCCACUCCGGGAGAGGAAUGACCUUGAACAGCAUAAGGCAAGCAGGUUUUUGGAUCAUACGGGCUAG